AUGACUGUGCUCCACUUGCACCUGUACCUCACUGCCUUGGGCUUCUGGAUGACGCAGCAGUCCAGCUCCUUCCUGCUGCCCAAUGCCACCGAGCUUCUGUCCCCCCCCGGGGGCAGAGCCGCGGGCCUGCUGUGGGGCGUGGGGGUCCCCCGGAGCCGUCGGAAGCGAUACCUCUCCCCCCGCGACGUGAGCGUGAUUUUGGAAUACCACAACCAAGUGCGGGCACAGGUGUCCCCCGCCGCCGCCAACAUGGAGUAUAUGGUUUGGGAUGAGCGGCUGGCCAGGGCAGCGGAGGCGUGGGCUGCACGCUGCCUGUGGGACCACGGGCCCCCCCAGCUGAUGAAAUACGUGGGGCAGAACCUCUCCAUCCACUCAGGCAGGUACCGCUCCAUUGUGGACAUGGUGAAAUCGUGGCACCAGGAUUUUUUUUUCCCCCCCGCCCCCCCCAAGGGCACCGGCUCUGUCUGCAGCCACUACACGCAGAUGGUGUGGGCAUCCUCCAGCCGCCUGGGCUGCGCCCUCAGCGCCUGUGCCAACGUGCGGGUGUGGGGCAGCACGUGGCGGCACGCCGUCCUCCUUGUCUGCAACUACGCCAUCAAGGGCAACUGGCUGGGAGAAGCACCGUACAAGGUGGGGCGGCCGUCCCCCACCUACGGCAGGGGCUGCUUCAACAACAUGUGCUUCACCGGACUCAAAUCCAACCAAGUCAGCUGGUUCUAG